AUGUCCAUCUCCUCGCUGGACUCGCCCGGCCACUGCCCGUCCCGGCCGCGUGCGGUGACGACCACGCUCGACGUCUUGCACGAAGACCCAUUCUCUGCGCCGUCGCCUGCCACCUCCGAGCCAAUGCAGGCGCCGUGGGGGGUGCGCUCGCGCGCUGACCUCGUAUACGGCCAAAAAAGCUCGCCGCACGCGAUGGAGAUCUCGUCGCCCGCGGCCUUUCCGCCGCCGAUGCCCGCGCCGCGGCCGUGUGUGCGUCCGAUCAUGCCCCGCCGUGCGGACCGCACCAUGCGGCGCUCCAUGCCGCUGCUCCCGUCCGUCGCCGAACUGCAGCAAGGCAGUCCGCAGCGCGAGCCGCCGAUGAAGAAGCGCUUGUCAUCGCUGCGGCAGCUGCAGGACGCCAGCUUUGAGCGCGACGACGACGCGCUGAGCGACCGGAUUGCAUCCGAUCGCCAUGCCGAAGAUAGCGGGAUCUUUUCGCAGCCCGCGAUUGUGCGCACGCAUGCACGCUCGCAAAGUGCAACUCUAUGGUGGCAGCCCCAACAGACCAACGCGCCGUCGCCGAUGCCCGCCGCCGGCCCGCCGCAGAUGGACCCGUCGCCGGUGCCGGUGGUGCGCACCGAGCCCGCCGACGACUCCUGGUCGUUUUCCGGCCCCGAAUCGGGCAAGCGCCCGUGCCUUGCGUGGUCGGGCAAAGCGGCCGCGUCGCCGCGGGGCAUGGGCGACUACUUUUUCCACCCCGAGUCCCCCCAGGUCGGGAUGGCCGACGGGAUGUGUAGUGGUGGCCUGCUGCAACCCCCGUCCUUCUCGCCGUCGAGCUCGCCGUCGAGUUCGCCGUGUCUGCGUAGCUCGGCGCUGCCCCAAGGCCUCUUUUCGAGCGAGCGCCAAGGCGGCAACGGGCUACCGGUCUCCCGCGAUGGCGCGUGCGUCCGCGUGUCGACCGUGCACAAUAUCCAGCUGGUGCAGACGGUCGAGUCCCCGCUGGACGACUCGGACGAGUCGCUCAUGAUGCCCGAACCCCCCCACGCGCACCGCGGCUCGCCCGUGCGUGCGUCGCUGCGCAAGAACCGCCUGGUGGGCAUGACGGCGCGGCGUACGCAGACGACGGCGAUGCUGCCGCCCCCCGUCGACAAAGAGAACGAGGCGCCGGCGCCGUGCAUCAGUGUGUCGCCCGGCCUCCCCGGCUUUGGCACGUUUGAGAUUGACCGCAAAAUCCUGCCGUGCUUCCCCGUGAAGAGCGACGGCCUGAUGCGCAUUACCCCCCACACCAUCCGCGAGCUGCUCCAAGGGAAGUACGACGAGCGGAUCCACGGCUUCCAGAUUGUCGACUGCCGCUUUGCGUACGAGCACGAGGGCGGGCACAUUGCCGGCGCGAUCAACCUGAACACGGUCGAGCAGGUCCAGCAGCACUUCCUUACGCCCGGCCAAGGCUUCCACCAGACACGGAACAUGCCGGUGCGGACGCAGAGCGGCAUGCCCGACGAACACGGCGACGCGCGCAAGUUUGUGCUCAUAUUCCACUGCGAGUUCAGCUGGAAGCGCGCGCCGUCGAUGGCGCUCGCGCUCCGUGCUGCGGACCGCUCGCUGGCGAGCGACUACCCCAAGUGCCACUUCCCCGACGUGUACGUCCUCCAAGGCGGCUACGCCGACUUCUUCAAGAGCUGCCCCGACCUGUGCGAGCCGCAGGCGUACGUCCCCAUGGACGAUCCCCGCUACAACCGCCGGCGCUCCGAGGAGCUCACCGGCUACCGCAAGCAGUUUGUACGGAACCGCAGCUUUGCAUACGGCGACGAGCACUUUUCCGCUCUCGCCAUGCUCUCUUCUCGCCUGAACACGGGCGCAGAGCGCGGCGCACCGCCCCCGGCGCCAUCGCAACUCGCACCGCCCCAAGACCCGCGCGAGACGAGCUUUAGCAGCGCAGGCGACUCGUCGUUCGAGGCCGACGCCUCCUUCUCGCCCUGCGCAGCCGCGACCUUCCGGCGGCCCGCGCCGCCGGCCGACGAGCCGAUCGGCGGCACGGCGCCGCCGACGUUGAUGCGGGCUUUUGCCCGGCGUCCCCUCAUCCGCGCAGAGACAAUGCCCUCUGCGCACCCCAUGUGUCCCUAG